UCCCAGACCUGUGUGAGUUUGUAAAUCUCUUGUUAAAUCCUCUUAAAGAAUCUACGGCAGGAGAAACUCGGGCAUGUGCUUCAUAUUCACAGCUGUGUGCACAUCUACAGUCCAGAAAUGAACGGCGUCCCAUCACAACAAACACAGAUGAAUGGACACAGGUCUCUGUCUCCUGAUGUCAGAAGGUCGAGUGCUAAAGCUCUGUAUGAGCAAAGAAAAACCUACACAAAAAACAGCAUAAACAGUCUGACGGACACAUCUCACUAUCAUGUAGAGCAUCUCACCACAUUCGUGAUGGACCGUAAGGAGGCCAUGUUAACCAUCGAUGACGGGAUCAGAAAACUGCGUUUGCUAGAUGCUAAAGGAAAGGUGUGGACCCAAGAAAUGAUACUACAGGUGGAUGAGAAAUCUGUCAGUCUCAUUGAUAAAGACACCAAGAAUGAGCUGGAGAACUUUCCUCUAGGCACAAUCCAACACUGUCAGGGCGUCAUGAACUCCUGUAACUAUGACUCCAUCCUGGCGCUGGUGUGUAAAGAAUCCGGACAGGGUAAACCGGACCUGCACCUCUUCCAAUGUGAUGACAUCAAGGCCAAUUUAAUUCACUUGGACAUUGAAAGCGCCAUCAGUGAUCACAAGGGCGGUAAAGCGAAGAAAAGACCAGAGGUUCUCGGAGUGAUCCUGAAGAGCAACGGCACCAUCCCUCCGCCUCCGGGAGGUCCCGCCCCCGAGCCUCCGGUACCCAUCAAUCAAACGGAUCCCAAGAGUCGAGUGGCCAGUUGGUCUGCCUGGACCAAUGAGCAGCAAAACAAUGAUAAACAGAAACAUUACACAGAGACUGAUGGACAUCUGGAGAUGAGCGCAGCGCAGAUCGACAGAGAUGUGCAAAUCCUCAAUCACAUUCUGGAUGACAUCGAACACUUUGUCACCAAACUACAGAAAGCAGCAGAAGCCUUCAGUGAGCUCUCCAAACGCAAGAAAUCAAAGAAGAGUAAAAAGAAAAGUCCUGGAGAGGGAGUUUUGACUCUUAGAUCUAAACCUCCAUCUCAGGAUGAGUUUGUUGACUGUUUCCAGAAAUUUAAACACGCUUUCAACCUACUGGGGAAGUUAAAACAGCACAUUCAGAACCCGAGUGCUGCGGAUCUGCUUCACUUUUUAUUCAGUCCUCUCAGAUUGGUCAUUCAGACGUCUGGAGGUGUUGAUCUGGCUAAAAGUGUGAUUGUACCUCUGCUCACCAGAGAAGCUAUAGACUUUUUGCACACCUCAGGCACAGAGGACGAGAGAUACCUGUGGGUCACGCUGGGAGACGGAUGGACAAAGUGCAGGUUAGAGUGGCCGAAGGAUUAUCCUUUCCCUCCUCAUGCGCUGCGUUUUCGGGAUGGUUGGGAGCCGCCGGUGCUGGUGUCUCGUGAGCAGGACGUAGCUCAGUUGGCUGAGAAGUUGGCCCAGGUUGAGGUUCAGAGAGCAGGAGACAAAGCUCCGGUCCUUACUCAGCCAGCCCUUCAGGAUUUGUCCCUCACAGACGGGUAUGACAUCAGAAACAUUUCAUACAAGCGUUCACACCUGCUGGAGCCAGACAGGGCCGUGGAGGCUUUUAAACAGGCGGUCAGCCGUCAUGUGGAUAGAAACUUUGACGUUCAUGGCCAAAUGCAGACAAAAAACUUUGCCAAAUCCAAAUAUGACUUUGUGGCCAGAAAUAACACAGAACUUUCUGUGAUGAAAGAUGAAGUGCUGGAGGUGCUGGAUGACAGGAAACAGUGGUGGAAAGUCAGGAAUGGAUCAGGUGCUACAGGAUACGUGCCAAACAACAUUCUGGAGAUGAACCGAGCCAUGGACGUGACGGGCCGUGGGGAACCUAUAUACAGUCACACUAUACAGCUAAUGAUGCCAAAGAAGGAAUUUGAGUUGUUUAAGCAAUUACUUGGCGAAUUAAAUGAGAAACAGAGAUCAGACUACGUGCCCAAACCAGUGGUCACACCCGUCCCCCCAACGGCCACUCCGACACCACCACCAGCUCCUCCUGCCCCGGGGAAAAUACCCACACCCCCCCUUCCCCCACCGGCUGCUGAAGCCCAGGACCCUUCACCUUCUGACACCAUAGACCAUAACAAGAGCAGUGAAACUGACAGCGUGACUAUGAGAGACCAUCAGAGAGAAAAACCACCACCUGCCAACCGUCGUAAAUCAAACAUGGAGGAGGUUCAGGAUGAGUUGAUGCACAGACUGACGUUGGGCCGCAGCGCUCAGAAGAAGUUUCAGACUCCGGUCCGCUCCAGCAGCAACGGUCAGCCAUCAGUAAACGUCACGUACGACUCUACGCCUGAGGAGGUGACGGCCUGGUUACAGCUCAAGGGUUUCAGCGCUGUGACCAUCGACAGUCUGGGUGUGCUGACGGGAGCUCAGCUCUUCUCGUUGAAUAAAGAUGAACUGAAGACCGUGUGUCCUGAUGAUGGUGCUCGAGUUUACAGUCAGAUCACCGUACAGAAAGCUGCUCUGGAGAGGAGCUCGGGGUCGGAGCUACAGGAGGUCAUGAGGAGGCGACAGGAGAAGUUGGCAGCGGCCACGGCAGCAACUGAUUCCGGUGUGGAGUCCUUCGAUGAGGGCAGUAACCACUGACCCCUGCACUCACCUCUGUCACCUUUGACCUUUUGCAGGACGCACUGGAGCGCGCUCAGUUUGCCGCCAUAAUGCGCCGUCGCCAAGAACUCCUGGAGCCGUCUGAUAACGGAACCGGAUCGGACCCGGACGAACGCGCAUGAAAUACAGGAGAGGACCUUUGAUAUUUUUACAGAGAUGCAAACGUUCUCCAAUAGAUGAAUAUCAAAACUUCAGAGCUCUUGUAGUUUAGUGCCAUCACGUUCUACCCUUUAUACUCAAUGUCCAGAGAUUUCGUGAAACCAAUCAGAGAUUUAUCUGUUCACAUCUUCUGCUGGUUUAAAAAUAUCCAAUGAAGUUUCUCAUGAGGAAGAUUAUAACACAGUCAUCAGGAAACAACAUGAAUAACACAAGCUGAGACAUAUUUACUGGCUAAUCAUCUUAGACAUGAAAUUGAUUGGCUGGAUUUCAUUGAUUGUAAUUGAAGAUUCACUGAUUAUCGCUUCUUUCGAAAUCAUCUGUAUUUAUAAACGCUUACAUUUGCCGUCUCCACACUUGGAUCAAAUAUUUAUCAUCACAGCUUUAAAUGUGAAGAUUCAUGGGUAAGAGAGUUUAUCAAGCUGUAGAGUUUUUAUGACCUAGGAUAAAGCUCAGAUUUAUGUAAUGAUUGUUUUGUACUUGAUUGUAAUGCCAAAUGAGAAGCUUUAUACAUUUGAAUCUUAAAUGAAAACCCAGGACAAAGACGCUCAGUUAGUUAGGAUGUGAAUGUUUGUAUAAAUUCUGUAGAUCUGCUGUUUGUUUGUCACUUGUUCGUCUUCUGCACUGAAACUUUAAUAAGUGUAAGGAGUUUUGACAGGGACCAUUAAUAGAUUUUGGGCCAAAAUCAGUUUUUGUCGUCUUGUAUUUGCUGAUCUUUUCUCUUUAGUCUGUUAAAGUGAUGUGAUGUCUUGUUUCUUAUGUUGCUUUCAUGUCAUGACGUGAUAAACCUUCAGAAACAUCAACCAAUUACAAAAAUCAUUCUUUUACUCUUCGCUGGGAGCGUGAUGGUUGUUCAGCCAAAUAGUUUACUGAGAAAGAUUUCAAAUGAUGGUUUCUAUAUAAAUAAAAAUGCAGCACAUGUUUGAGAAUGAACUGUAAAUAUAAAGUGUGUAUGCAGAAUAAAUGAUUCCCCCUAA